AUGGGCCUCCAGGAAUUCCAAGUCAUCGGUCGUCACCUUCCCACAGAGGCGGAGCCGACACCAAAAAUUUAUCGCAUGCGUAUUUUUGCUCCCAAUGAAGUUGUUGCGAAAUCGCGCUUCUGGUAUUUCCUUCGCCAGCUGAACAAGGUCAAAAAGGCGUCUGGUGAAAUCAUCGGCGUCAAUGUUAUUCACGAGAAGAAGCCUCUCAAGGUGAAGAACUUUGGCAUCUGGCUUCGCUACGAUUCGCGUUCUGGCACGCACAACAUGUAUAAGGAGUUCCGUGAACUCUCGAGAGCCGAUGCUGUCAAAAGUCUCUAUCAGGAUAUGGCUGCUCGUCAUCGUGCCCGUUUCCGGUCCAUUCACAUUUUGCGCGUUGUUGAGAUCCAGAAGACGGCCGACAUCCGUCGUCCGUAUAUCAAACAAUUGCUUGAGCCUAAACUCAAGUUCCCCCUCCCGCAUCGUGUGUCUAAAGCGCGUUCGACCUUCGCAGCUCGCCGUCCUACAACCUUUUGA